UGUUUUUAACCAAUAGCUCAUUCAUUCACAAAUUCUCAAACUCAAUUGGCAUUUUAUCUGAAUCCGUAAUUGUCCGAUAUCGGAGUGAUACAUGAAUCACAUGAAAAUUUUAGUGCACUAAUAAUGGGAGCAUAACAUCGUGAUUAUCGACUUGAAUCAGUGCAUAAUGAUUACGAGAGUGAAUUUAUGUAGUUUCUUCGGCCCGAGGAUUUAUCAAUAUUUGGCAGCUGUCACAGGCACCCUCUCGAUCCUGUCAUCCGAGAUGCACUUCGGCUGGACGUCGCCCUCGCUGCCCAUCCUCACCAAAGGCCUCUAUAAGUUCCGCAUCUCUGGCCAUGAGGCCUCCUGGUUGGCCGUGAUCCUGCUGGCAGGCACAGUUCUGGGGGCAAUCAUCGCCGCUAAACUGACAGACGUUCUUGGUCGACGCAAGGUGAUACUGUUGACGGCACUUCCUUUGCUGCUAGGGUGGAUAAUGAUUGGUCUGGCGAAGAGUGUGACUGUGCUGUUCAUAGCAAGGUUCAUCGCAGGAGUAUCCAGUGGUCUUUCCUUCUCUACAGUGCCAAUGUAUUUGGGCGAGAUAGCAGAACCACAGAUAAGAGGAAUGUUGGCAUCACUUUGUUCAGUAUGUGUGGUGAUUGGAAUUCUACUCAUCAAUAUCCUGGGCAACUACCUUCCGAUUGAUACCACCGCUUAUAUAGGCUGUAUCUUCCCCAUCGUCCUCUUCAUAUCAUUCUUCUGGAUGCCUGAAAGUCCAUCAUUUCUUCUAAGAAAUAAUCGCUUUGAGGAAGCGGCAAAAAGUAUCGAAACAUUACGUGGAAAGGAAGAAGCAGAUAAGGAACUGAAGAGGCUUCAGCAAGACUUAGUGGAAGAUAAUGGAGCCACACAUAGAUUCACAGAUCUUUUUACGGACAAGGUAAACAGAAGAGCAGCUUUCAUUGCAUAUGGACUAAGGUCAAUUCAGCAGUUCUGUGGUGCUACAGCCAUAACGUUUUAUUGCAAGACAAUAUUCCAAGAGGAAGAAGAUAUUUUAGCUGCCAAUACUUCUACGAUACUUUAUUUCGGCCUACAACUUAUAAUUGCUAUAUUCGCUACUUUUAUUGUUGACAUCACCGGUAGAAAGCCUCUUCUAAUUUUAUCGAUAACAGGGACAGUUUUGACUUUAUUUCUGAUGAGUGCAUACUUUUUUCUGAAAGAGAAAACAGACUAUGAUUUGGAUAAUUUCACUUACUUACCUUUGAUAGUUUUAUUCCUGAAUGUGAGCUUUCUCAGUAUUGGUAUUAGGAAUAUUCCUCUGCUGAUGAUGGGCGAGCUAUUUUCCCCAGAUAUCAAGUCGAUAGCUUUAUGUUUUGGAACAAUCUAUUAUAGUAUUGUAGCUCUGUUAACAGCAAAAAUGUUUUAUUUAACGACUGAUGCUUUCGGAAUGUAUGUACCCUUCUUGAUAUUCGGAAUUUUGACGUUAUCCAGUUUAUUCUUCGUCAUUUUUUUCGUACCAGAGACUAAAGGGAUGAGAUUGAAAGAUAUUCAGAUCAAGUUAGGAAAACUUGGAGAUAAUCAAGAUACAAAAUUGUGAAAGACUGGAAAAUUUAAUAUUAAAACGUGAUAACAUUUUAACAAAU